AAUAUCGCAUUCCGCCCCCUCACCCCGUCCGCUUUCUUCUCCGCCCCGUCCGCCUUCCUCAGAUUCGGCGGCCCGGUCUCCGGUGGCGCGCCGACCCCACCGACAUUACCUCGUACCGAUUAUAAAUAUUUCGUGGGACUUCUCCGCACUCCUGCCCCCCCGUUCCCUUCCUCCGCCGCCUCCGGAGAUGCUGCUGUACGAGACGAUCGCUGCCGCGGAAGCGGCGCUGGGGCGUAAUCUGACCGCCGCCGAGGCCCUCUGGUUCCGCUACUCCGCCCAGAUGCCCGACUACCUCCUCUACUCCCACAACCUCAUUUUCCUCUUCAUCGUCUUCACUCUCGUACCCCUUCCCCUCGCCCUCCUGGAGCUCCGCCUCCCCUCCACCCUAGUCCCCUACAAGCUCCAGCCUAAGGUCCAACUCCCCCCGGCCUCCUUCUUCAAGUGCUACAAGGACGUCAUGCGCGCCUUCCUCCUCGUCGUCGGGCCUCUCCAGCUCUUCUCCUACCCCUCCAUCAAGUUUGUUGGGAUACGGACGGGGCUGCCGCUGCCGUCGGCGGCGGAGAUGGCGGCGCAGUUGGUGGUGUACUUCUUGGUGGAGGACUACGGGAACUACUGGAUCCACCGUCUGCUGCACGGGCGGUGGGGGUACGAGAAGAUCCACCGCGUCCACCACGAGUUCACGGCGCCGAUGGGAUUCGCCGCGCCCUACGCCCAUUGGGCCGAGGUCCUCAUCCUCGGGAUCCCCUCCUUCGUCGGCCCCGCCAUCGCCCCGGGCCACAUGAUCACCUUCUGGCUCUGGAUCAUUCUCCGCCAGGUUGAGGCCAUCGAGACCCACAGCGGCUAUGACUUCCCUCUAAGUCCCACAAAAUAUAUCCCAUUUUAUGGAGGGGCAGAGUACCAUGAUUAUCAUCAUUACGUAGGAGGCCAGAGCCAGAGUAACUUUGCUUCUGUCUUUACCUACUGUGACUACAUAUAUGGGACUGACAAGGGUUACAGGUAUCGCAAGGCCCACCUUGCAAAGUUGAAGGAGCAAUGGGCAACGGGUGGCCAAAAUGGAGAAGCCAAUGGUUGGAAUCAAAAUAAGAAGUCUGAGUAGGAUUAGAUCUUCAAGCCCUGUGCUUCAAAAAUUUGUAUGCGUAUUCUGGCUGGUAGGUUUUGGCUACUUGGUACCAAAUCCAGGUCAUCAUCCAUUUUGGGGGCGUAUUAAAUGCAGCGUUUAAGUAGCACUCAUCUGAGUUCAUCUCCUCUCUUUUCUACUGAUGUUGUCUUGUUGGUUGCUCGUCUAUUUACAAAAAGAACAUCCAGUGAUGGCACUUGUUCAACUGAUUUAAGGCAAGAAGAUUUCCCCUGCAUUUGGUACCAAAUUUUUGUUUCACUUUGAUUUUGCUCAUGUUGGUAAGCCAGCUUCCUUCUGCUUUAAUCAGACAGCUAUUGUAAUGAAAUCAUUAAAUAACCUUGGGACAAUCCUUACUUCAAAUGUAUGGAAUUCAUCAUUGGUUAAA